AUGGAUAUUGCGUCAUUCUUUGGAGUAUGCGUAUGGUUAAUACCUUUCACCUAUUUCAUUUCAUUGAGUGCAAAUGAUAAUGCAUUGCCUUCUUAUGAUCCAAAUAUUUAUAGCAAUGCUGAUGAAAUUCCCGCAAGAAGUAAAGUUGGAUUAUUGAAAAAAUUUUUGAAUUUCAUUUUACAAAAGAAAAAUACUUUAAUACCAAUGGCUACUACUCCAACUUUAUCUUCUGCACCUUCUUCAUCCGUCACUUCUGCUUUACACACAUUAUCUUCAAAAAAAUCAUUAUGA